CUUAUUUCCAAACAAGGGUUGAGUCCUCCGAUCCGAAACAGUAGCUACCUGUAGCUAGCGAGUUCACUACUUUUACAGAAAGACAGAAACACUGCCUCAACAGAGAACCAAGAAUGGGUCGUGAACCUGGCCCAAUCCAAAUAGUGACUGUUAAUAAGGAGAAGCACUCCUUUGACUUGGACUCAAAAGCCCUUGAACGGAUUUUGUUAAGGCCUAAUGUCCGAGAUAUGGAUGUUGUGGUGCUGUGUGUUGCUGGCGCCUUCCGCAAGGGCAAGAGUUUCCUCUUGGAUUUCAUGCUUCGAUACAUGUACAGGAAGUCCGAUGAAGACUGGCUUGGACAGGAACAUGAACCCCUGACGGGAUUCUCAUGGAGAGGUGGCUCAGAGCCCGAGACCACUGGCAUCCAGUUGUGGAGUGAAGUUUUCAUUGUGAAGAAAAGCAAUGGCAAAGAGGUGGCAGUGUUGCUUAUGGACACACAGGGAGCGUUCGAUGACCAGUCCACUGUGAAGGACUGUGCCACAAUCUUUGCCCUCAGCACCAUGACCAGCUCAAUGCAGAUAUAUAAUCUGUCGCAGAAUAUCCAAGAAGAUGACCUGCAGCAGCUUCAGUUGUUCACGGAGUAUGGCCGACUUGCAAUGGAUGAAAUCUUUUUAAAACCUUUUCAGUCACUCAUGUUUCUUAUCCGAGACUGGAGCUUCCCUUAUGAGUAUAAGUAUGGAUUCAAGGGAGGCAGUGAAUUCUUGGAUAAACGGCUGCAAGUGAAAGACGCUCAGCAUGAAGAGCUGCAGACAGUGAGAAAGCACAUUCAUUCCUGCUUCACCUCCAUUUCCUGUUUCCUGUUACCUCACCCUGGCCUGAAGGUCGCCACAAGCCCUACUUUCCGGGGUCAACUCUGCGAUGUGGCUCCAGAGUUUAAAACAAUACUUUGCGAAUUCAUUCCUAAACUCCUCGACCCUGACAGACUGGCAGUCAAGGAGAUCAAUGGCAACAAGGUGACCUGUAGAGGCCUCCUGGAGUACUUCAAGUCAUACAUCAAGAUAUACCAGGGAGAAGACCUGCCACAGCCAAAGUCCAUGCUGCAGGCUACAGCAGAAGCUAACAAUUUGGCAGCAGUGGCAUCGGCUAAAGACCAGUACUACAAGAAUAUGGAGAAGAUCUGUGGUGGAGAGCUGCCAUACGUGGCACCUGACAGUCUGGAAGAGAAACAUCACUUCUUCAUGAACGAGUCGCUCAAGCACUUUGCCAGUAUUAAGAAGAUGGGUGGGCAGGAAUUCUGCAGCCGCUAUCAGGCCCAGCUGGAGUCGGAGCUAACUGAGCUCUGGGAGUCCUUCAGCAAGCACAAUGAGUCCAAGAAUGUUUUCAGUGCUUUCCGCACUCCAGCAGUGCUUUUUGUCCUGGUUUGCUUCCUGUACGUGCUCUCUGGACUGUUGCUGUUUAUCGGCCUGGGCACCAUUUCCGUUGCUUGUGACUGUGUGAUCGGACUUGCCAUGCUUGCCAUGCUGACCUGGGCCUUCAUUCGCUACUCUGGCCAGUACCGAGGGGUUGGAUCUGCCAUAGACCAGGCUGCAGGAGUGCUGCUGGAGCAGGCUACAGAGAUGCUGAACAAGAAAAGCGUAACGAUUAAGCAAGAGAAGAAAUCAAGAUAGCUUUUAGGACAAAUCAAAGACACAAACUGCACAAACUCAACUAACCAUAUCACACCAAAUAUUGGUAAUGUACUUCUCCAAACAUGGCACUUAAAACUUGGCUUCUGAUUUAGAUUAUUGUCUUAUAAAAAGGUAUAAUCCGUUUAUAAAUGGGUAUAAUCAGGAUAGCAAAUGCCACGUUUAAUGAUCUUAGUCAGAAAAGAUUUAGAAUUGGCCAUUAAUUGAUACAGUUGGGUUUGAUCUUGGUUCUUGUUUACAGUUGGCCUAUUUUACUAAUGUUUCUGCUAGACAAUUGUUGGUUGACAUUUGCAGAUUAUACCUAUUAUGUAAACAUACUGAUUUAUAUAUUUUGCAUUAAAAAAUAAAUUCUUUGCAUGUUGUCAUUAAACAUUAUCUCAAGUACAAAAUCACCGGCCAGCCUAUCAGGCACAUGUGUGGUUUGGCACAAGAGCUAUUCUCCUUAAAGGAGCAGGAAUUUUUGUUUACAGUUACAUAUUUUAAUAUUACCAAAGACCUUGCCCUAUAGGCUGACACUUAGAUACCUUCCAUGGCAGUUUAGGUCAUUUCUAAUUAUUACAUUGCACUAGCCACAUAUAUCCCUGAUUUAGUCUUUGUACAUGAAUAGCCAUGUAUUAUUAUGUGAGCUUGGUAUGAAAGGGAUAGCGGGACAUAUUGCAUUUGCAAAAAUUAUUUUGGUAUCAGAAUGGAACCAUGUACGCAUUCAGUCUUUCCACCUUAUGCUCAUUUGCUUUGCUUUGAUUGUUUGAUUUUUUUUGUCUUUUAAUUAAUUGAUGUGGCAGUGUCUCCUUAAUACUUUUAAUAUCUUGGCCAUGCUAUUCACAAGUAGUAUGUCAAAACAAACCUGGACACUGCAUUGUGUUGUGUGUUUGUAUCUGUUUUUAUCUUUUUGGAAUUCUCAGUUUUGAGAAAGGUCACUAUACAAUUUAAAGUAGAUCAAGUUUUGUUUAUUUGAUUUUUUUUUUUUUUGAUUGACAUGCUGGUGGUUUGUGAUUGCUUUAACAGCCUUUUUUGUUUCACCAUUAUAUGAAAAGCUAGUCUUGUUGAGGUCCUUUGUAGUUAAUUGAAUCACUCAGGGAUCAUCAGUAGCAUGUUGUACGCGUGCUGAAAGGUGAUUCGGCACAAACCCGGACCUAGCCUUUAGCAUUGUCUCAUAUUAAUCUACAUCCAACUUCAUUACUCAUUGCAUUUGUAUGAUGGUGAAUGUGGUGCACUUGUUUAUUUCUUUCACCAAGUUCCUAGUUGUGCUGUUGUAGUGAGUUUUGGGAGCUGGUUGAGUAUGUUUAAAGCACAUUACAAUUCACACUUUAAAUUCACAACUGGGCCUUAAUUAAACACUACUUGGAGGUCUUAAAAUCUGGAGUUGAAAUGCCUUCAGUUAAUAAGGAUCAUUUUUUCCAUAAGUAAUCAAGCUUAGUUUGCCUGAAGUAACCACAUAUACAUUUGCCCUGAAAACCAAAAAGGACUGUUUGAAGACAAUGCGGAUCUGAUCGCUGGUGUGCAAGUUACCUGUUCUAGUUUCCGUUAUGUUUUUCAUAAACAUUCCAUGUCAUCUAAGCCAUAGUUUGGGGCUUUUCUUGUGUAAAGCCAUUGUACUUUGUUACCUUGUUCAUUCUGUCAAUGUGAUAUCCAAGCUUAAGAUCUUAAAAUAUUUGGCAGUUUAUACCAACACUCCUUCAUGUUACUUUCCAUAUACAUUCCAUUAAUAAAGCUAGAAGCAUGCUAUA